AUGCCCGGUCGCCAAAGAUUCAUCGAAGAACAGAAGUCUCAGGCCGAAAGCCGGACGCUGGAAAAGUUCCAAACACGCGAAUGGAAGGCCGGUGACAUCUAUGCGCCUCAUGACCUGAGUUCGGCCGAGAUGAGCAAGUGGAGGAGGCGCUCUAGCCCGUCGAGAGAUGCCUUUGAUGCCUUGAACUUGAACCCGUUGGAACUAUACAAGAACUUUGCGGUCAUGUCGGAAUGCAUGACGCCCAUGGGACGGAUCAAGCACCGAAAUACCACCGGACUGCGACCGGUGAACCAACGCAAGAUUGCCAAAGCGAUCCGACGAGCCAUCGGACUUGGCUUGAUGCCCAGUGUUCACCGACACCCCGAAAUCCUGGCCGCAGAAGCCAGAAUGAGGAUGAAUUAA